UAAGAACCAGCCGUCUGUUCGUGUAUAUAUAACACUGACAAGUGGAGGAAUUUAAUUAUAUCGGACAAUAUGUUUCGUUACACAGCUUUGAUUGUGCUCCCAGCCUUAGUCUGGUCUUGCUGUCCACCAAGUAAAUGGGAAGGAACAGAAUAUAUUGCUCUGGGUUCAACAGAUGGCAAGGGGCAGGGACAUUACACUGAGAUUGAACAGAAUGUUACUGUAGAUACAGACAUGAGGAGGGUAUUUAUAACACAACAACUUGCGAUGGACGGUCAGGGUAUGGAACAGAAAAUUUUACAAGAUUAUGGUUCUGGAGAACAAUAUGUUACCACAACAAAAGAUGGAAUGGAAGUUAGUUGUACGAGAAUGCCAAUUAACUCAAUAGAGCCCGGAUGUGUUCCAAAGAAUCAUACUAAAAUAGUCCAAUCUUACUUUGGAGCUGGAAGUUCAAAGGUUAUGGCUACAAUGUACAAAUUCUCUAUGGGUCAGAAUGUUAUCUAUGCCACUAUGUCCGAUGAUGGAUGCAUACCUUUGGCAUAUGAAGCCACAGGUGCAACUGAAGAUGGAGGUGGAUAUCAAAUGACUGUUGAGUUUUUCGGAAUUACCCCAGGUGUUGCAUCCACAUCUGUAUUCGAAACACCAAAAAAUUGCCCGAUGCCUCGACCAGUCGUAUCAGGACUUGGAAAGUAAGAACAUUUCUCAAUGAUACUCACGACUUCAACCUCAGGAUUGGAUAUAUUAAAAUUAUGUACUUUUUA